AAAAACGGCUAGUUCAUGCGCAGGAUCCAAAAGCCGUUUAGGGAAUUUAUGCGUCACGUUUGUGACACCACGGAGAGGCUUUUGGGAAAUUUAAAUAUUAAGAGAAAACGUUGUCGACACUGCCCUUCGGCACGUAAACAGCUCGUAAUACGUAACGCACGUCCCGAAUGCUGCAUUAUCCUAGCUCGUCUUCCGUCGCUCGUCUUCGCGAAUGCAGAUGACUUAUCAAUUGGCGGAAAAAUAAAGGAUGGUAUACUGCCGGAGGCAGUCAUGGGGACGGCAGAGGAUCUCUUGACAGCAAAGAAUCAAACGUUGAAGACCGACACCGAAUUAAAAGAAUCCGUUUAUGACUUAUUAAGGACGAUCAAGGACCCUGAAAAACCGCAAACCUUGGAGCAAUUGGAUGUUGUUUAUGAAGAUUGCAUAAAAGUUUGUCACAGCACACCUGGAGGAGUCUCUGUAAUUCGUGUCGAGUUUAAUCCUACAGUGCCUCACUGUUCAUUGGCAACCCUCAUAGGAUUAUGUAUCCGCAUUAAAUUAGAACGUCAUUUAUCGGCGUUAUUUAAAUUAGAUAUUUAUAUCAAGAGAGGUGCACACUCCACUGAACAGGAAAUUAAUAAACAAAUUAAUGACAAGGAACGUAUAGCAGCUGCAAUGGAAAAUCCAAAUUUACGGGAACUGGUGGAGAAAUGCAUACUAGAAGAGGAUUAUUAGAUUAGUGUGAUUUAAGUGAUGUGUUACUCCAGAUAUUUUUCCGAAAAAUGCAAUCUUAAUUUAGUACGUUAUAUUAUGUAAAUAAAUUUUUGUAUCUCACAUAUUGGUAUAUAUAAUUAAGUCCAAUUCAUUUUACGCACGUUGACGAUGAAGCGUUUUUUUUUUCAAUUGAAAUAUUCAUUAAAAUCAUUGUAAAUCAAAUUUCUGAUGCUUGAACGCAAUCUUUCAUGUUUGAUAGAGAUGUAUACGUAUGACUGAAAAAGAAUGUAGUCUGCUAUAUAAUAGCAUAUUCUUUUAAUUUUAUUAAUUUAUUCAUCUUGUGAACACUGGCAAAAUGUUUUGUAAGAAAUUAAUAUUCGACACGACUGGCAAAUUCUAAACAAAGAAAUUUAUUGCGAAAAGUAUUACCUCAGUCAGGGUUUGAACCUGGACCUCCCUACACUCUAGGCGAGCGUCUCCAAUGUAAAUUACCAAUAUGUGAAUAAAGUUUGGGUGCUAUGCGCGCAGGAAAAUCA